AUGGUUCACAUAUACAACAUGUCUGCCGGCAUCAAUCAAACUCCCACUUGGGGUGUCACCACGAGUGGUCAACCUUUCAACGAUCUUGACACCGUCGGAGCAACGAAUCUCAACAAAAUAUCCAAGGUUGUCAUCGGUCAUGGGGAGGUCAUUGACAGCAUUACCAUUACCUAUGAUCGCAAUGACGGGCUUGCUCCGCUCGUCCAGUCCCACGGAGGUACUGGCGGAAAUAUAACGACUAUCGAACUCGACAGCAACGAAGUCAUCGUUGGAGUUUCCGGUAGGUACGGCUUUGUCUCCUCCAUCUAUGGGCGUUCGAGCAUUCAGAGUCUCGAGUUUGCGCUCCUCAACCAAGCCACAGGCGAAAUGCGUAUCGAAGGUCCCUUUGCCCCUGGUUCCGGGACUCCGUUCAGCGUCAUCGACACGGUCGUCGCUGUUGCCGGAUACGUCUCCACGUCUGGCACUCAUUACAUCCAGGCCUUGUCCUUCUUCACCACUCACACCCCCGUUGUCUGA